AUGCAUCUUCUCGAGCAAUUUAUUAGCCUCCGGUAUGAGCUCAUCGACAGUCUCACCGCGUGGGUCAACAACAGCUACUUCAUUCCCCCAGAGGCAAUGGCCAUUGUUCUCGACAAAGCAAGCCAGGACAUCAGCUUGUAUGAAGACUUGGGCAAUGGCCGCUUCUACUACAAUUGCGACCAAAUCAAGCACAUCCUAUCAUUUGCAAGUCAUGAGCUCCGAAAAAAGCAACGGUUAACUCGUGAUAUUUUACGCAUCAUGGACAAUUUGGUCGUUCGACUUCGACAGCUUCAGAUUAAUUGA